GUCCUUCUCUGCAUAGGCGCCUUCUUGACUACGCAUUUGCUUGAUUCAUCUUCAAAUGUAAAACCCCUGAACCAGUCUAACAAACUAGAAUUCCAGCUGAAUUGUUCACUUGGUGACGAAACUCGGAUCUGCCUAGGCAGUUACUACCCAUCCAAGUUUAUGUUACAAAACCCUGACCCUUCAUCAUCAACACCGCAGUCUAUGUGUCCAGAUUACUUUCGUUGGAUCCACGAAGAUCUAUCGCCAUGGAGAGAGACAGGGAUUACAGAAGAAAUGGUGAGGAUGGCUGGGAGGACAGCCAAUUUCCGAUUUGUUGUAGUUAACGGGACGGCCUAUUUGGAGACUUUUGACAGAUCGUUUCAGACUAGGGAUGUAUUCAGUCAGUGGGGAAUAUUACAGUUGUUACGGAGGUAUCCUGGUAAAAUCCCUGAUUUGGAUCUAAUGUUUGACUGCGAUGACUCUCCAGUUGUGAGGAAGGAAUUCCAACGUGGCCCCGAUGCCCCGCCCCCGCCGCCAGUGUUCCGCUAUUGCAAGGAUGAUGCCACCUUGGAUAUCGUUUUCCCGGAUUGGUCGUUCUGGGGAUGGGCAGAAAUCGAUACAAGGCCAUGGGCGCCUUUGUUGAAGGAAAUGAAAGAUGGGAACAAGAGGAGUAAAUGGAAGGAUAGGAAGCCAUACGCUUAUUGGAAGGGCAACCCUCAUGUUGCGGAAGGCAGGGUGGAUUUGCUCAAAUGCAAUGUUUCUGACAAAGAGGACUGGAACGCUCGUCUUUACGUUCAGGACUGGAAUAAAGAACAAGAACAAGGUUACAAAGAAUCUGUCUUGGCAGACCAAUGCGUCCACAGGUAUAAAAUCUAUAUUGAAGGAUCCGCUUGGUCGGUCAGUCAGAAAAACAUUUUGGCCUGUGAUUCUGUAACCUUACUAGUGAAGCCACAAUACUACGAGUUCUUCUCGAGAGGUUUGAUGCCCCUGCAGCACUACUGGCCUAUAAGAGCCGAUGACAAGUGCAGAUCCAUUAAGCAUGCUGUUGAAUGGGGCAAUGACAAUGAAAAACAGGCAGAGGAAAUAGGCAAGGCUGGGAGCAGUUUCGUUCAAGAGGAACUGAAAAUGGAUUAUGUUUAUGAUUACAUGUUUCAUCUCCUAAGCCAGUACGCUAAGCUUCUGAAAUAUAAGCCAAGUAUUCCUCCAAAAGCGAUUGAACUUUGCUCGGAGUCGAUGGCUUGCCCCGCACAGGCAUUAGAGAAGAAGUUUAUGAUGGAGUCGAUAGUUGGAGGUCCCAGCAGUGAGGCUCCAUGCAUCAUGCCUCCUCCGUAUGAUCCUGCAGCUCUUCAUUCUAUUCUAGAGGAAAAACAGAACUCAAUACAGCUAGUAGAAGAAUGGGAAAAACAACACGGGGAUGGUGAAAGGAAGCAUCCUUAG